CCGUCCUUUUUUUCGCAUUUUGGCCCCCUCUCUCCGACUCAUCCUCCGCCUCCCUGCCGGCUGCCGCUCGUCCGGCGAAGUCGACAGCCGGAUCAUCCUCACGGCCUUGCCAUGAGCCCAUGACUCCCUUCCCCACCGGAGUCGCCGCACUUCCUCGUUCCUCUCUUCCGCCAAUCUACGAGAUGAGUUCUUUUUUUUUUGAAACCUAAGAUGAGUUCUGGCCUUCUGGGUUGGGGCGUGCGAAAGCAGCCCACCACCGUUUGCGGUUCCCGUCGUCCGGUGAGCAGCUGCUCCGCCGUGGCAUUCGGAACGGGAGCACGCUGAGGCCACGGCGAGGAGUGCUCGUCGCACAAGCCACUCAGUCUCCCUCCGCCACCGCUAGCCGGCGUCCAGAUGCGCCCUAAGGGUUACUUGGACGAGCAAUUUUGUCAGGUUGAGGACUUGCAGGAUGAAGCAAAUCCAAAAUUUGCAGAGGAGGUUGUUUUCUUAUUCUUUAAGGAUUCAGCUAGAGUAAUGUUGAACAUUGAGCAAGCUAUUGAGAAGUAUCCCAAAGACUUCGCAAGAUGGGAUGGACAUAUGCAUCAACUAAAAGGAAGCUGUUCCAGCAUCGGUGCCUCUAGGGUGAAGAAUGAAUGCACUUCAUUCAGGAAUUUCUGUGGAGAAGAAAAUGCCGAAGGUUGCACGAGAUCUUUCCAGAAAGUGAAGAGGGAGCAUACUAUCCUCAGGCAGAAGUUGGGGUCCUACUUCCAGCUGCUGCGACAAGCUGGUCCUGCUGGGAUCGCGACUAGGCCUGCAGGCAAGUAAGCUGUACGCAGCCCGGCCAUUGAAUUGAUCUCAGGCUCUGGUGCUGCCGUGGAAGCGACUAGGCUGGUACACAAGAGCACCCUGCCGUUGUUCUAUCGUCCAUGCCACUAGAGGGAAAGCCCAUAUAUAGAACGUGCUAUAUGACUUAUGGGUUGUGAGUUGUGACAUGCAUGUCUGGCGUGUUUAUGAUUGCAAUAAAACCGAUCGAGAUUUUCAUCACCAAAUCUCUUUGCCUUUCUUUUUCGUAUCUUCUGUUGCCCAGACUGCGAUAGAUAGAUUUAUAUGCAGCUAUAACCACAAAUGAAACUGUCCCUCGGUGUCGGUGACAAUUGAUGUGCUGGAGGCAGAGUGAUCGACCGACAAAAGAUGUUGAAUGUAAUCAGGACUGAUAGGUAUUACUGAACUAACUGGAAUGACAGCGGGUAUAAUCUGAUAUCUCUGUGAUGGACAUGCCUGAGCUAACUAAGAUCUAUAUACUACUA